AUGGAAGGAGCGUGGGGAGACGCGGUUGCUUCUGAGGGUUGGGGCUCAGGCAUCCUUGUGUCUAUCCUCAAGAAGGGAGACAAGACAAGAUGCGAGGACCACUACGGCAUAAGUCUCAUCGACUUUGCUGCGAAAAUCUUCGCUAUUGCCCUACUCAGGCGAUUCCAGGCUGUGCGUGACUCCAGGACGAGGCCCAACCAAGCGGGGUUUCGUGCUGGACGUAGAUGUACGGGCCAGGUAUUCACACUGAGGGGCAUUCUCGAACUCUGCCAUAGGUACCAGCAACCGACGACCAUCUGCUUUGUUGAUGCCGCCACGUUCUAUUCCGUCCAUCGUGGGUCCCUGUGGCAAAUAAUGGCACCAGACUGUGUACCGCCAAAAAUCAUCGCCAUGAUCAAGGCCUGUUACCUCUCCAUCGCUGCGCGACCACUGAUCCACGAAAAUCUUUCCCAGCCAUUUGGUAUUCGGUCUGGUGUUCGACAGGGUUGUAUCCUGGCGUCUAUCCUCUUCAACUACACCAUUGACUGGAUUCUUGGCAGGGCUCUACACGAAGGUGCUGGUGUUGAGUUUGCACCCGGACACCGACUGACUGAUAUCGAUUAUGCCGAUGCUAUUGCCGUACCCGCUUUAAGUUUUGGCGGUCUGCAUCUAUGGUGGCACGGGUGA